GGAGAAUCUGCAAUAUGAAUUAUGGAUUCCUCCUUUGUGAAAUAGAAAAGCAAUAUCUCCAUUAAUAUAUUUGAAAAAAUUUCAGAUGAACGAUGAGAUUCUUGCGGUGAGAAAUUUGGGGUAUGUGGAAUUUGAGCCGCGCAGUUCUCCUCGGUCCUCUCCGGCUCGGUUUCUCUCUUGGAACUCAGGCGGAGCUCCUCUCUCGUUUAAUUCUCCGUCCGACGCCGCCGUUCGCGCGGCACGACUCAGGCGGUCAGGCGUCCACUCGCGGCUAUUCUCCGCCGCGACUCAGCCACUCCAGUCGCCGGAGGGCUCUUCUGCGGCCGAGACUCCCACCAGCCGGCGUUGCCAGUCGUCGGUUCUCCUUCAAAGGAGAUGAGGAGAGAUCAAGGCAGUAUGCAGUUCACCAAGCAGCCAUACCUGGAAGACGUUGGUCCUCGAAAGAUGGGCCACCAAACAAGUUUGGCAAAUGUGAAACAUGUGGUGGAAAUUAUCAUAACUGCCCAGGUCAUUGUGGAUUCUUGACUCUAGCCCUUCCUGUUUAUAAUGUUGGAUUUUUGGGUGCCAUUGUGGACAUAAUGAAGUGCAUCUGCAAGAAAUGCUCCAUAAUACUCCUUGACGAAAAACAGCGGCAAGAUUUCCUUAAGAAGAUGAGAAAUCCAAAACUUGAGCAUUUGAAGAAGGUUGAGUUACUGAAGAAUAUAGUGAAAAAGUGUAAUGGCUUGGCAGGAAGUAAGCGAGCUGUUGUGUGCCCCAGAUGUGGAUAUAUUAAUGGUAUGGUUAAAAGGGUACAAUUGAAAAUCCAACAUGAUCGUUCUAAAGUUGCUGACAGCGCAGACUGUAGCUUGAAGGAAUGCCAAUCCGCGCUUUCCCACACAAAGGGAAAUGCCAAUUUGUCUUUAAAUCUUGACCCUAAAAGGGCCUACGAGCUACUGAAAAAUAUGCGUGAUGAGGAUUGUGAGUUGCUUUAUCUAGAUGAUAGACCUGAAAACCUUAUGGUGACUAAUAUUCUUGUGCCACCAACUGCCAUACGACCUUCAGUUUUUGUGGAUGGUGGAACACAGAGUAAUGAAAAUGACAUCACUGAGAGGCUAAAAUACAUCAUCCAGGCCAAUGCUAGUCUUCGCUCAGAAAUGGUGGAAAAAGAUUCUCAAAGCAACAGAUUCAUGGUUAGCUGGCAGCUUCUGCAGGAGGAGGUUGCACAAUAUAUCAAUAGCGAUGUUCGUGGGUUGACACCGCAACCCCUAGGUAAUACUAGGAGGCCAUUGAGUGGUUUUGUUCAGCGUCUUAAAGGAAAGCAGGGAAGAUUUCGUGGCAAUUUAUCGGGGAAGCGUGUAGAGUAUACUGGCAGGACAGUUAUUUCUCCCGAUCCAAAUUUGAAAAUUACUGAGGUUGCUAUUCCAAUUUUAAUGGCUCGGAUUUUGACUUAUCCUGAACGAGUUUCACAUCAUAAUAUUGAGAAAUUGCGACAAUGUGUUCGCAAUGGCCCCCACAAAUAUCCUGGUGCUAAGUUUAUAAGGACACCUGAUGGUCAUGAGAUAUCAUUGAUGUAUUCUGCUAGGAAGCAUCAUGCAGAUCAGUUGAAGUAUGGGUGCAUUGUGAAUCGUCAUCUUGAAGAUGGCGAUGUGGUUCUAUUUAAUAGACAACCAAGUCUGCACCGGAUGUCAAUCAUGUCCCAUCGGGCAAGGAUAAUGCCUUGGCGUACUCUGAGAUUCAAUGAGUCGGUUUGCAACCCAUACAAUGCAGACUUUGAUGGUGAUGAGAUGAAUAUGCAUGUACCACAAACAGAAGAGGCCCGUACUGAGGCUCUUAUGCUAAUGGGGGUGCAAAACAAUUUGUGCACCCCGAAGAAUGGAGAAAUCUUGGUUGCAUCAACACAGGAUUUUCUGACUUCCUCCUUUCUUAUAACAAGAAAAGACACAUUUUAUGACCGCUCGGAUUUUUCACUCAUGUGUUCUUAUAUAGGUGAUGCUAUGGACCCAAUUGAUUUGCCAACUCCAACAUUAAUUAAACCAGUGGAGCUAUGGACUGGUAAACAGUUAUUCAGUGUGCUAUUGCGGCCCCAUGCAAAAAUGAGAGUAUAUUUAAAUCUUACUGUAGCAGAAAAAAAUUAUGGGAAGUCCAGAGAAAGUAUGUGUUCCAAGGACGGUUUUGUGUAUAUUCGUAAUAGUGAGCUCAUCAGCGGGCAGCUUGGGAAGGCCACAUUAGGAAAUGGGAAUAAGGACGGUAUUUACUCCGUUCUUCUCAGGGAUUAUGGUCCCCAUGCGGCUGCUACUUGCAUGAAUCGCUUGGCAAAGUUAAGUGCCCGAUGGAUAGGAAAUCAUGGAUUUUCAAUUGGGAUCAAUGAUGUUCAACCUGGGUAUACAUUAACCAACGAGAAGAAGGCGCUUCUGGAUAAGGAAUAUGGUCAUUGUACCAAUUACAUAAGGAGCUAUACAUCUGGAAGCCUGGAGCUGUUACCAGGCUGCAAUAAUGCUGAGACUCUUGAAGCCAAGAUAAGUGAGACACUUAAUAAAAUUCGAGAAACAGUUGCCAGUGUUUGCAUGGAUAACUUAAAUUGGAGGAACAGCCCUCUAAUAAUGUCGCAGUGUGGUUCCAAAGGUUCUCCUAUUAAUAUCUGCCAGAUGAUUGCUUGCGUUGGUCAGCAAUCUGUAGGAGGUCAUAGAGCUCCCAAUGGGUUUGUUGAUCGAACACUGCCUCAUUUUGUAAGAGGAGCAAAAGAUCCAGAUGCUAAGGGUUUCGUUCAGAAUUCCUUUUAUACUGGUUUAUCUGCGACUGAAUUUUUUUUCCACACCAUGGGGGGCAGAGAAGGUCUUGUGGAUACAGCGGUGAAAACAGCUGAUACAGGGUACAUGUCUCGUAGAUUAAUGAAGGCUUUGGAGGACCUAUCUAUUUUUUAUGAUAAUACAGUGAGAAAUGCUAGUGCUUGCAUUGUGCAAUUUAUGUAUGGUGGUGAUGCUAUGGAUCCUGCACAGAUGGAAGAGAAAAGUGGGCUCCCACUGAACUUUGAAAGAUUAUUUAUGAAAGCCAAGGCUACCUGCCCCGCAACAGAGCAAAAGAGUUUGACUAGUGAUGAAAUUGAGGAAGUAGUUAAAGAAACACUUGAGAGAAAGCUCUUAUCCAUGACUUCUGAAGGAGGGCGUUCAGAGUCAACUCCUUCAUCAGAUACAGCAUCUAAAGAUGAAUGCUUGGAGGCUUUUGGCAAGUCAAUUAGCGAUUUUAUUAAGAAGAAGGGGCCUAGCUCAGUACUCGAGAAGCUGAAAUUGAGUGAAGGGAGUCAUUCUGAAGAAGAUAGAUGUUAUCUGGAAAAUGUUGCCUCUAGUAUAUCUGGGAUAACUCAGCGACAAUUAAUGGUCUUCCUAGAAACUUGUAUCUGUCGUUACAAUUCCAAGAAAAUUGAAGCUGGAACUGCAAUAGGUGCCAUUGGAGCUCAGAGUAUCGGAGAGCCAGGAACACAGAUGACAUUGAAAACUUUCCACUUUGCUGGAGUUGCAAGCAUGAAUGUUACCCUUGGAGUUCCUAGGAUAAAAGAAAUCAUCAAUGCUGCUAAAAAUAUGAAGACACCAAUUAUUUCUACAUAUCUAGAUGUUGACAACAGUGAGAUAACAGCUAAAAUGGUGAAGGGGCGUAUUGAGAAAACCCUUCUGGAGCAGGUAGCCCGGAGCAUCAAGACUUCACAAUCAUCGAGGUUGGCAUCCAUUGUUGUAACACUUGACAUGGGCCGAAUAAAAGAGGCUUACCUACAUAUUGAUGCUUACUCGGUAAAAGAAUCAAUUCUACGAACCCCAAGAAUGAAACUGAAAGAGCAGCACAUUAGAGUAUUGGAUGAACAAAAACUUGAAGUCAUCCUGGAAGCUGAUAAAAGUAAACUUCAAUUUGAACUCCAUGGGCUUAAGAAUAAGCUCUCCAAAGUUGUAGUGAAGGGAAUCAGCUCUGUCGAACGGGUUAUAGUACUAAAUGAAGCAAAAGAAAAAGAUACUGAUGGAUCCAAAAAAUUGAAGUUAGUAGCAGAGGGGACUGAUCUUUUGCAUGUCAUGGGCACUGAAGGAGUUAAUGGCAACAAGACAGAGAGUAAUAACAUUCCAGAAGUACACCAGGUACUCGGAAUUGAAGCUGCAAGGAAGAAAAUAAUUGAGGAGAUAAAAUACACCAUGUCAAGCCAUGGCAUGACAAUAGACAUACGCCACAUGAUGCUGCUGGCUGACUUAAUGACAUUUAAGGGUGAAGUGUUAGGUAUGACAAGAUUUGGUGUGCAGAAAUUGAGGGACAGUGUCUUGAUGCUUGCUUCAUUUGAAAAGACAUCAGAUCACCUCUUUAACGCUUCCGUGAAUGGGAAAGUCGAUAAAAUUGAAGGAGUCACUGAAUGCAUCAUCAUGGGCAUACCCAUGCAAGUUGGUACUGGAAUGCUUAAAGUGAGGCAAAGCUUACCGCCUCUUGAGUUGAUUUACGCCCCAGAUCCAAUUAUACGAUGAUAUUCUGGGAAGGGAAGCGUUUGUUUAGCACAUCAUCUCCCAACUGUAUAUAUCGUGCAGAAAUCUGUGGGUUGUCGAAUCAAAUCACUUGAACGUCUUAGUGCAAAUGCCGUUGCAUACAUUCGAUUCCGAAGGCUGAAUGCAUUUAGGUUUGGAAGUUCUUCGUGGAUUAGAUAGAUCAUGGUUUAAUUUUGUGAACUCUGGUAGGUUAGAUGCUUACAUCCAUAGUUUUUGAUACUCUUUUUUUCCCAAAAACAAAGCUAUCUGGAAAAAUUAGUGCUAAUACUUUACACCAUUUUUUUUUUUGCACCAUCCAUUAUUAGUCAUGAAAAUUAAACGUCCUUUUAAUAUAAUGGCUUUUUUCCUCU